GCCGCCCUACUCAACAUGCUGCCGCCGCGACCCUCAACCAGGACAAGCGGACUGAGAAACGAACGCACGACGCUUGGCGUGUGUUCUCCAUGCCGAUGCGAUGUCAAUCAUUGAUUGCUGCGUCGAGGAACUAGGCGCGAACGCGCAGGGAUCGAUUUUAAACGCGCGCGCCCUCCUCGCCGAUUGGACCGCUCGGCUUUGUGGGCGGAGUCUAAGCGGCGAUAUAAAAUCCCCGGUUGGCGGUGACGCGUUUCCUGUCGGAGGUCGCCGUUAAUGGACGAGGUCGAGGUUAAAGGAUCCCCGGGUCGCGUCGAGUUAAAAAAAAGACAAAAAAAAUACUAUCUUCGUAAUAAACAACGCGGCAAACACUGAUCCGCGCAACCACGCGUUGUUAUUAUUACUAUUAUUGUGAGGCGACUCUUUAAAGGUUAAUUGGAGCGCGUCUAAAACUUUAAAGAAAUAUAAGCCGUGACGUCACGCAGAGGCCCUCGAAACCGUUUAAUGCCGUUGAGUCUCUAACGUCGGUACAGCGGCGUUUUUUGUUUACGAUUAAGCGUUUUACAAUAGUAACCAGCAGCUAUUUUAUAACCGCAAUAGCAGCAACAGCUACGAUAAAUCGUCACGUUAAUACAACGAAUCCCGGAGCGCAAAAAAAAAACCGUAAUUGCUAAUAGCGCACAUCAAAAUCACUUCGCAUUUUGAACAAUGGGGGACUCCAACCAGUACGUUGAUGGGCCGGGCCAGGUUGGACCCACGGCGCAGCUGGACCGUGGCCUCGCAAGCGCGGCCGUGGCAGGCAUGGUCUCGGUGGGCCCUUACGUGGAGAUGAGCGAAGUGAUGUACGCGCAGUUGCACCAAAUGGCCUACGCCUCCAUAGAAAGCACGGCUACUGGGCAGGGCCAGCAAGCUGUGGAGGAGCAGCAGCAGCAGCAAGAGGGCAGCACUGAAAACGAAUGUUUGGAGGAGACAUUCGUCGCUACACAAGGGCAGCAGGAUCAGCAGCAGGUGGUUGCCCCUGCCCAGGGCAAUGCGUUUCAGGCCGGAGUGCAGCAGCAAGGCCACAUGGACUUUCACGACCUCAAGGCUAUGCUGAUGAAUGAGCCACUCCCUGCUCACAAUGCUGAGAUGCCGCAGCACCAUCAGCAUCGUCAUCAUCACCAGCAGGAGCAGCAGCAGCAGCUGCUGGUCGUUCACAGUAUGGAGAAGCACCCGGAGAUGCAGGUGCACGAGGUUGAGUCUUCACGGCUGCUGGAUCUGACCACGGUGGGGCCGCGGGACACGGAGGACGAGACGAACUUGGAGGCGAGGGGGGGUGGCACUGUGAGAUGCCAGGCGCCGCAAGGAGCAACGGGAGUGAGGGUGCGGCUGGAGGAUCGCUUUGCGGAGAAUAGCAGCAGCAGCAGCAGGGACUUGAUGUGUGAGAAGUUUCUCUCUGCCCAGAGAGAGCAAAGAGGUCCGGCCUUGGAGCACAGCAACUUGGUGCCUGUGGCUCACCACCUGGCUGAGUAUUGUGGGCAGCAGACUCUGGAGCAGCAGCAUCAGCAGCAGCUGCAUUCAGACCCAAUCAUUGGGAAGGUCGUUUCAGGCCCCAGCUCCUCGGUCGUGCAGUUUGUGUUCCCCGGUUACAAGCAACAUAAGUGCUUUCCCGACAGUGCCAAGAUGGUGCUUCCACCUCAAAAUAUACCGACAGAGCAGUUACUGGAGUCUUUGCACAUGAAGUUCAACCAGGGCUUGGAGGCCCCAAUGCACAUGGGUUCGCUGGCACCACCAGUCUUUCGCACAGACAAGCAUCCAUCCACACAGCCCCGGAGGAGCCAAGAAGAGUUGGAGAAGGAACUGCCCAAUGUUUUCAACGAGGCCAAGGUACAGCCCAAGCGGCACCUCGACAGGUCGGAGCGCAAGACCCUGGGUGACAUCAGCAACAAGAUGAGGGGGCAAGCACCGUCGAAAAGCUCGUAUGCAAGCACGGCCUCACAGCCGGAGGGCGGGAACUACAAGCGCGUGCGGCACAACCUCAUGGAGAGAGAUAGGAGGCGACGCAUUCGUAUUUGCUGUGACGAGCUCAACUACCUGGUUCCCUUCUGCAACGUGGAGACGGACAAGGCCACCACCCUGCAGUGGUCAGUCACAUUCCUCAAGUACAUCCAGGAAAAUCAUGGCAAGCACCUCAAGCAGGAGUUUGAAAGCAUGUUCUGCAACAAGGCAGAGCAGUCAAUUAAACCAAAGGAGACGAGCAAGGUGUCAGAAGAAAUGAUGGCGCCACACACAACCCAUUGACACAUCUCUCUCUCAUCCUGAACAGCUAUAUCUUAACAUUUGGUUCGUCAUUUAAUUUGCAGUUUGUGCAACGUUUGUAUUUUGUCGGGUUUUGUUGGUGAGUUUUUGCACCCAUCGGUGUGCAAUGGUCAUGAAUUUGGAUCGUUCAAAUGCAGAAGAAUCCUCGUCAUGAUCACGCGAAUAUUGAUCGUAUUUUUUUAGGAGGAAAGUGUGGCGAGUCCAGCUCAUGGAAGAAAUGUGCAAGCUAAACAUGCUCACAAUAACCCUGCGCAAUAUAUUCUCAAUGAAUAUCCGAGGCUAAAGAUGAUAAUUGUUCACUUAAUGAGCUUUUUAACUGUCGAAUGUACUGUUUGUACAGGUACCAUUUUUUCUGGGUAACUGUUGUGGAAAUUGUGGCAGUAGUGUAAUCGGGUUAUAUUGCACUGACGAUCCUAAACUUUGGUGAAACCAGCCUACAAUUUCCAUGUCGAGAAGUAAACGUUAUACUGAUGAACAGGCCAUUUGUUACUUUUCCAUUAUAAAUGUGGUGGCUGGAUCAGACAGCUAUGCUUGUGUAUCUAGACUGAUGAUGCACACGGGGCAGUGAGUUAUUUCACGAUUUUUUGCACUAUACUACAAAUAGAGUAGUAACCGUGCUAUACUUGAAGUUUGUGUAGAUAGAGUAUGUGUUUUGAACAGCCAUGGCAGGCUUUUGCAGGAGGUAACAGUUGCACAUUUGUGUUCCGUAAUCUAUUUGAGUUGGGCUUUGUAAAAAAAAAACGUUUAUGGACCUGAAAACGUAUUUGUUAGUCACCAUACUUUCAAGACUUUAAGGAAAUCAUAUAUCUUGGGUCCUGGAGAUGUGAUGUUUGUUGAUUGGGCAGUGAUCUCGGGGAAAGCCAUUAUUUACAACAUGCAAUUUCUCGCAUUCUUAUGUUUUGUUGGUAAUUUACUGUUUCGUUAACUUUUGUUAUUGUUUGAAUGGACUUUGCACUUUUAUGUUGGAUUUGAUUUUGUCAAGAAUUUGGAAAAUGUUAAUAUUUAAAUAUCAACUUGAAUGCAAAGCAGCUGGAGUGGUAGCACUGUGUUAGUGCACUGCAUUCUGAACCUGCCAAAGGCACAUCUGUGUUUGUUGUGAAGCUUGUUAAAUAAAGUUGUUUUGUAGUGCA